GUGUCACCAUGAUUAUUAACUUGCUCCUGCUUACAUCACGCGUGCUCUGUGUUUAUUACCUGAACAUGUAACACAGGGCGCAGUGUCCGCACUGAUCCGUGCCGCUCCUCCUCGCCGCAGACAUGACGCUGUCCCUGGGAUGGCUCUCCGCCCUGUUCACGGGGUUUUUCUCGGCCCACGUCCUACAGAGACUCUGCUUCCCGUACUUCUGGAGGGACCUGCUCUUCCUGCUGAAGGUGAUCCGGUACGGAGUGAAGAUCGAGUCCUACAAACUGACCUCCCGCGUGUUCACGGUGCUGGACCGGUUCAUCCAGCAGGCGCAUCGGAUCCCGGACAAGCCGUUCGUGGUCUACGAGGGGACCGAGCACACGUACCGGGACAUCGACCGGCGCAGUAACAGGUUCGCGCAGGUGUUCCUGGAGGAGCUGAAGCUGCAGAGAGGAGAGUGUGUCGCUCUGCUCAUGAGCAACGAGCCAGACUUUCUGUGCGCAUGGUUCGGGCUGGCCAAGGUGGGCUGCUCGGUGGCUUUCCUCAACACCAACAUCAAGUCCAAGUCUCUGCUGCACUGCUUCACCUGCUGCGGGGCCAAGACCCUGAUCGUGGGCUCAGACCUGGUGGACACUCUGGACGGCGCCCUGACGACGCUGCUGGCCGAUAACAUCCAGGUGUGGGCCGUGAAGAGCAGCAGUGAGCACACGCAGGUGAACACGUUGUUAGAUAAGGUUGUCACGGCGUCUGAUGAACCUGUACCUGCGGAGCUACGAGCCACCUCCUCCCUCAAAUCCCCCACCCUCUAUAUCUUCACCUCCGGGACCACAGGUCUCCCUAAAGCCGCUGUGAUUACUCAGCUUCAGAGUCUGAAGGCAGCCGCAGGUUUCUGGGCGUUUGGGGUGACGGAGAACGAUGUGAUGUACGUCCCUCUGCCGCUUUACCACAGCGCCGCCUCCCUCAUUGGGAUCGGAGGAACCAUAGAGCUCGGCGCAACCUGCAUCCUGAAGAAGAAGUUUUCAGCUUCUCAUUUCUGGAAUGACUGCAGGAAACACAACGUGACCGUCUUCCAGUACAUUGGCGAACUCUGCAGAUAUCUCUGCAACCAGCCCAAGACGGAUCAGGACAAAGUUCACAAAGUGAUGAUGGGCGUGGGGAAUGGGCUGCGGCCGGACGUCUGGAGAGACUUUCAGAGCCGGUUCGGGAACAUCAAGAUGUGCGAGGUGUACGGCUCCACGGAGGGAAACCUGUGCUUCAUGAACCACAUCGGGAAGAUCGGCACCGUGGGCCGCUCCAACUUCAUCUACAGGCUCCUAUUUAAAUAUGACCUGGUGAAGUACGACAUGUUGAGAGAUGAACCGGUGAAGGAUCAGCAUGGAUUCUGUCAGCGAGUGGAGAAAGGUGAGACGGGUCUGCUGCUCUCGAAGGUGAGCGCCCUCAGCCCGUUUUUUGGCUACGCUGGCAGCAAACAGCUGACGGAGAAGAAGCUGAUGAGGAACGUGUUCGUGAAGGGAGACGCUUACUUUAACACGGGAGACCUGAUGUCUGAAAACCAGGAGGGCUUCAUCUGCUUCAGGGACAGAGUGGGAGACACUUUCAGGUGGAAAGGUGAAAAUGUUGCGACGACAGAAGUGACGGAGAUUCUGGGUCAGGUGGAUUUUAUUCAGGAGGUGAAUGUGUACGGAGUGGAGAUACCAGGACAGGAAGGCCGAGCAGGAAUGGCGGCCAUGAUCAUCAGACCGAGCUUCAGCUUCGAUGGAAAGAAACUGUUUGAUCACGUGAUGACUGAGCUGCCAGCGUACGCACGCCCGCUCUUCAUCAGGAUCCAGGAGGUGAUGGAGAUGACGAGCACGUUCAAGCAGCAGAAGUUCCAGCUGGUUCAGAGCGGCUUCAACCCGUCCACCAUCUCCGACCCUCUGUUCGCUCUGGACGCUCAGCAGCAGAUCUACAUUCCUCUGACGGACGCCGUCUACCAGAGCAUCAUCAACGGGAGCAGAAAACUAUAAACUAUAAACUCUGAACUCUCUGUGUGUGAGUGUGUGAGUGUGUGUGUGUGUGUGUGUGUGUGUGUGUGUGUGAGCUAGCUUUUUAAAUUAAACCAGCGAGCCUACAAUCAUGAGUGAAGUCCUGACGUCUGAGUGGAAACCUUCGUCUGAUGAUGAGCGAGAGAGCAUGAGAACGUGACCCUGCCAGAAACUUUUGUUAAUAAAAGAACUCUGCUGAUGUUUCAUCCACUUAUAAAACAGAAACACUCAUCAGAUCCUCCAAAUAUCA